AUGGAAGAAGAUAAAGAAGAUAUUUAUAUUACUUCAAAAAAUCCUUCCGAUAAUGCUAUUAAUAGUUCAGAUUGGAAAUUAAAUUUGGAAAGCUCCGCAACUGAAAAUCAAAAAAAGCAAAAUUUUGAAGAGCAAGAAAAGUCCGACUCCUCUCAAAAUAAUGAUACUAGUAUGAUGGAAUAUUUGGGAUCAUUUCUUGGAUGUAUUCUAUCGGUUAGAUGUUGCUGUUAUUGCUUCCCUAGUCCUUAUCAAGAAGUUGAACCAGGACAUGUUGGAUUGCUUUAUAAACAUAAUGAAUAUGUCAACUGUUAUGUUGGUCCAAAUAAGGUUAAAUUGAAUCUUAUUACUGAAGAAAUUAUAAAGGUCGACAUUAAGACACAUGUCACAGAGAUUCUAGGACAAACUGUUAUAACAAAGGAUAUGAAAUUUUACCUUAUUGAUUCUGCCCUCCAUUGGCGCAUAACCAAUCCUCGUAAAGCCACUUUUGAUAUAACUGAUGUUCGCAAAGCUCUUAUAGAACUUACUAAAAACGAAUUAAUGAAACACUUUGGUUCACUUAACGUUGAUAAUUCUUCUAAAUUAAACAACAACAGUCCUGAUAAACUAAUCGAUUUUGGUAACACUAAAACUAAAUACAUUAGCGAUUAUGCUCAAAAGUGGGGUGUCGAGAUUGAUUUUAAUUUGUAUAAUUCAUUAAUAACAAUAAUUAGCCGUAAAGCGUAA